CGCACACACGCACAUUCACUGCUUGUAAACAGAGGCUCACACGUGACACCGCGCGGUCGCAUUGUCUGCACACGGACAAAGAAGAGUCCCAGACUGCGUUAUUCUCGUUACCGAGUCCCGACGGGUGUCGGGCAGGUGAGCGAGCAGGUGUCAUGACAACCAAUGUUACGUGUCCCGAAAUGAAGCCGACUCGUCCGCUGCGUUUACACCGCGGUGUCCGGUGAACUUCUCCGCGCCUGGUUGCCAGAACCGAGCCUCCGGAGGGGGAAACGACGUGAGCUGCGCACUCGGCCGCUCGCGCACAGCUGACAGUGGGUAAACAAAGCUGGGAACCCUUUGUUUCACCGCUGAAUAUACACUGGUUCGUUCGCAUCUGCCCUCAUGGAUUUUACUUUUCUGGUCAACGCUCAUCGCCAUAGCUCACUAGCUGAAGCCUUUUAGCCACGACAUUUUUUUUAUAUAGCUUACGUUAAUCUGCUUGUCUCCGUCACUGGCUGAGUGAGAUGUCAUUCACCAUGGAGGACAACUUGGAGUCCGGGUGGGUGUCUGUUCGACCCAGGGUCUUCGACGAAAAAGAGAGGCACAAAUUCGCUUUCAUCGUGGCCUGGAAUGACAUCGAGGGAAAGUUCGCCAUAACCUGCCACAACAGAACCGUGCAAAGACGGGCCACUUUUCUGGACCCGCUCCUCGACUGUAGUCGCCCCCUUGCCGCCGCUGCUGUGGCAGAAAAUCACACUAAAAGUCCAGUUACGAAGAGGAGAGAUGGAGUCUGCCAAGCGGCUAAAGUUAGACCUCAUUCUGUCCCUAAAGGGGCAACGAAGACCAGUGCCGCGGAAAAGAAGGCUUCGAAAGUCGGGGGCUCACAGACAUUAGAGUGCGUCAGCCACACGUUAGGGUCCUGGGACAUUGUGACACCCAAGGUCAUAGAUAUCGAAAUACUGUACCCCGUGGAUGUCCCGCUGUCUCCGGAUGAUGUAGACACAGGGGACAGCGAGGGCAGCGGUCGAGAGGACUACAGCUGGGCCGGACUGUUCUCCUUCCAGGAGCUGAGGGCAGCCCACCUCCAGCUGUGCUCCGUCAACUCGGACCUGGAGCCGUGUUUACCGUCUUUCCCGGAGGAGCAGUCCGGAGUGUGGACGGUGCUCUUCGGCGGCGGUGCAUGCGCCGGGAUGUCGCAACGCGAGACAGAGGCCCUGUGCUAUCAGCUGCAGGUGUACCUGGGUCAUGCCCUGGACACCUGCGGCUGGAAGAUCCUCUCACAGGUGCUCUUCUCCGAGAGCGACGACGCGGAGGAGGAGUACUACGAGAGCCUGAGUGAGCUGAGGCAGAAAGGCUACGAGGACGCGCUGGACCGAGCCAAGAGGCGGAUGCAAGAGGUGUUGGACAAGCACAAGGCCAUGGACAGCAUGGUGGAGCUGCUGCAGGUGUACCCUGAGGAGGACGAGGCGUAUGGAGAGCUGCUGGAGGCGACGACUCAGCUCUACCACUACCUGCUGCAGCCAUUCAGGGACAUGAGGGAACUGGCAAUGCUGCGCAGACAGCAGAUUAAGAUCUCUCUGGAGACGGAGCGGCUGGGUCCCCGUCGCGUGGAGAGCCUGAAGAAGGAGGACGAGGAGUGGCAGAAGAAGGCUCACGCCGCCGUACUGUCCAUACAGGACCUGACUGUCAAGUUCUUUGAAACCACGACUCGGGCCCAGAAAGCGAUCCACGAGCGCAUGCGUGCUGACCAGAGGAAGUUUGGCAAGUCAGCAUGGGCAGCGGCGGUGGAGCGCAUGGAGCAACUGCAGUACGCCGUUUCCAGAGAAACUCUGCAGCUGAUGAGGGCCAAAGAAAUCUGCCUGGAACAGAGGAAACACGGCCUGAAGGAGGAGAUGCAGAGUCUCCAAGGUGGGGAGGAUGCCAUGCUCCGUCUGGACCAGCUGGAGGCGCUGUACUACGAGCUGCAGCUGCAGCUGUACGACAUCCAGGCCGAGGUGCUGCGCUGCGAGGAGCUGCUGCUCACUGCUCAGCUGCAGAGUCUGCGCCGGCAGAUGACAGUCUGUUCUCAUGUUGCACCAGAGCGACAGGACGAAGUUGUUUACUACGACGCCUUUGAGAGCCCCGAUGCCAUGAAGGGAGUGGAAGACCCCGCAGCGCCACCUUCUCCCCUCAGAGACGAGGACCUCGGCGUCCUGCGGCAGAAGACGCGGCAGCUCGAGGCUCGCCGGGGUCGCAUCACCGCCAAGAAAGUCUACCUCAAAAACAAGAAGGAAAUCUGUAUUGUCAAUCACAAUCAGAAGCUCCAGGAGCGUCACGGUAGCUUUGCUGACAGCAGUUUGCCUCAGGAACUGCAACAGGAGACUGAAGAGGACGAUGAAGCCAAACAAAACGCCAGAGUGAGCCAGGACAGGCAGAGGACGCUGGACAGACUCCGCAGCCUCAAACAGCGUUACCCGGGUCAGGUGACUCUCAAAUCCAGCCGCCUGCGUCUGAGUCAGAAUCACAGUCGGAGGAGAGCGGGAGAGCAGCCCAACACCCAGGCGGCCGGCGUUCAGACCGACCGCAUCUCCGACCUCCCGCAGCUCUCCGCCGCUCCCCCCCCUCCCCCUGACAUCUGCGGCUACGACAGCAUGUCCCUACCAACCGUCGACCUUGACGGUCUCUCCUCUCUGCCUCCCUUCCUCUCGCUGCCUCCUGCCUCAGGUUCCCCAUCGGCUCUUUUGCCCCCACCGCCUCCUCCACCUCCACCUCCGCCUCCCCCUCCUCCUCCUCCUCCCCCACCACCUCCUUCCUUGGAGGACCAGUACCAGGGUCACGAGGACAGGGAGAAGGACACCACAGGCAGCCCGGCGCGCCAGCUUAAGUGCGAGUCUGACUCCACCUCACUGCCCCUGGCCCCGUUUUCCCCUCGAUUCUUUGACAGCAGCCAGCUGCUGACGGCCAGGAAGAAGCUGAAGAAGACGGCCUCGCUGGACGCCUCGCAGUGGAGGAGAGCGAGCUCCCCCAUGGACGAAGUGCUGGCUUCCCUUAAGCGGGGCAGCUUCCACCUGAGGAAGGCCGAGCUGCGCGUCCUGGCGCCCGACCCGGACGACGACAGCAACAACAUCCUGGCUCAGAUCAGGCAGGGCGUCAGGCUGAAGAAGGUGCGCACCUGUCCGGAGCAGCAGCAGCAGCAGAAACGUCACAGCAGGACGUUCCCCCACUCUGCCGACGCUCUGACCCGCAGCAUCCACGAGGCUCUGAGGCGGAUCAAAGAGGCGUCACCGGAGUCUGAGUCCGAGGACGAAGGCCUUCCAUGCACUGACUGGGAAAACUAGUUCAUUGGAAGUCAUUUUUUUUAAUUAUUAUUAUUAUUAUUAUUGUUGUUAUUAUUAUUAUUAUUAUUACAACAAACGUGGAGCCAAAAUGAAGAGACAAUGAGCGACGGCUCAAGUCAAGCAGACAUGUCAGGGUUUGAAUGCCUGAAGAGUUUGGUGCAAUCUGAACAAAAAACACCUUUUUUUAUAUCAGAGAACGACUGAGUUUGUUUCCUGCUUGUUCAUGUGUGUUUUUUAAAAAAAAACAUGGACCACUAAUCUUUUCUUUUUAAUUUUACAUGUCGCUGCUGUGACAUUGUUAGUGAGGAGACGACCUCUUGACCUCCCACUGAGUCGUACUGUACUGUAGUUUGCUGUGAUGGGUUUGUUUAUAAGAAGUGAGUAUUUUCCUUUUUCUGUGUCUCUCACUCUCACGGACAGAUAGCGUUCAGACUCUCUCAGUACACAAGGAUGUCGAAACAUUUAUGAUGCAGGACAGGAUGAUUCCCACUCACCCAAAGAAGGAAACUGACCCUUGACUGGUUCAAACCUUCUCAUCUUCCUUUUGAAAAAUAUUGGAACUAUUUACUUUAAUUUUUAUUUUAUUUUUUACACGUUUAGAAGUGAAGCUGCUUCAUAAUGGAACAUUGCACAUUUUAGUUUUUGUUUCAUAUUCAUCAUCCUGACACCAAAACGUGCAAUUUUUAAUAAACAUAUACAGAUCAUGUAAAAUAUGAUCUAACAUAAAGAUUAUGUAUAUUAAACUCUUUGAAUUUAGCUUGUCCUCAAGUACAAGCCUCAUUGCGAUAGUUUUUUUAUUAUCAAAAACUGCUGUCCAAACUCAGAAAUCUGAACACCCAAACAUUAUACUAUACUAUAUGAUGCUAUUUUAUUGUGCUGCACAGGGACACCAUUAAAUCCAGUAUACAUUAUAUUAUAUUAAACAUAAUUCCAGUCAUCCCAACUGCAGAACUUGCAUUAGAAAUGUCACAUUUUGAAGUUUUCUUCUAAUCCACUGACACAUGGCUGCUAAAGGCUAAUUCUGCAUAUUUUAAAAAACGCUAAUUUAAAAAAAACAAAACACGAACAAGUUUAAUUUGUGUCCCUGUGACUUUUUAAAGAGAUUUCACUAUUCAAGAAACUUCCUGAUUAUAAAUCUGCACUGUUAAAACAGUUAAAUGAAGAUUAUUGUUAAUAAUCCUAACCGUUAACCUUUGUCUUGUACAUACAUACAUACUCCCACGCUCUGAAAACCAAAUCAGUAUUUUUGACAAACUAUACUGUGUACUGUCACUUUUUAAAACAUAUUUUGACACUUUUUUUAAACGGGGGAAAAAAUGUAUGGAUUUAUAUAUCGAUUCAGAGAGGAAAACAAAACACCUAUAGAUGUCACUGUGGGCACAGGACAUUUUACAUGAUUUCAUUUAACAUAUAAUUAGUGAAUUAAGAGAAAAUCAGCCAUAUUUUACUGUUAAAAAAAAACUAUAUCCACACUGUUUUUGCUCUGUUUUUUCCUUUUAACACACGUACAUGACCGACUCCAGACGUGGAGCAGUGUUUAAAGUUUUAUAGUGCGUGUGCAGAGAUUAGCUGAUCUCAGGGUUCAAGCUUCAUUUAUCUCAAACACGACGUCAUUGUCUCCACAACAUUGUUUGAUAUUCUUUGCUGUUAUUAUUUUAUUUACUUUCUUUUUGCCUUGUUUUAUUUCCCACGCUUGUUUACUUUACAGAGUUGUUGUUUUUGAGUUUGCUGUGUGUGUGUGUGUGUGUGUGUGUGUAUGAUUUUAUACCAGUCUGUUAUGUAUGAACUGUGUCAAAUUUACUGAAAACUUUUAAGUCACACUUUCUCGGAUUUAACAAGUCACGCACUGAGAACCAAGACUUCAUUUAAAGGACUAGUUGAACAUUUUUGGACAUGUAAACACUCUAAUAUUGCUCAGAGUUAAAGGACUUUUUAAAAAACACAAAUAAUUUCAGCUAUUUUGCCAAAGCAAGCAAGUUUAUCAUCUAUUUUGAUCAGCGAUACUGUAAAACUGUGGCCCUACAGUGUAUUUAAGGUCACACUUUAUGAUUAAAGCUGAAGCAGGCAGUA